AUGAGUAACAUUAAAGCAAAGAAAAACGUUCUGCCGCCGGAUGAGAAGAAUAUGUCAAUGACUGGCUUAGACAAGCGACUUCCACCGACCCCUAAUGAUUCACCGUGCCCAUUACCGGAGAGGUUUACCAAUCCGACGCUUCCAGAUAUGACUCCAGGUGCACAACAAGGCAGCCCCAUCUCACAUGAAGCGCGGCAGCUACCACCCCACCCAGAGGUAAACACAGAUGAUGACGGCAUGACAAUUAAAUCUAAACCAGAGAAUUCUAUGAGGAGAGAGCCAUUGUUGCCGCCCAUAUUAACGUCUACUAGACCGCCUUCUAAACUGCCAUUAAGCUCGGCAUCUCCAAACUUCGACUUCAUAACCAAACUCCCCACACCAAUUGUUGGCACCCCUAGUUCCACCUUUCCUCAAUUCCAAGCGUCGCCUCCUAGGUAUGGGAAUGAAGAAUUGGACAUCCGCAAGAGGUCACAGCAGCAUCAAUUUCAGCAUCAACAUCAGCAUCACCAAGCCCAGGGUCUUGGGCAGGCACCUUUCAAACCAAAUAGAGUCAUAUCUGAGUAUCGACCGAGUCUCGUUGCGGACACUUCGGCCUAUAAACUACAGCAAGUAAUUGGCGAUCAUAAAUCGAACACAGGGAGAGCCACUGCAGGAAAGAGAUUCAUAAGUAACCCCCACGCAGAUGACAUCGUGAAAAGUGAAGGACUAAAGGGAGAGGCAAAGUCUGACCAUGGAGAAAACCAAGAAGCGCAGAAAGACCAUUCGUCAGAGCUGAUCCCGUCUGCAAUUCAGCAACCCGGUCCACUUUACACUGGUUUCAUCCAUAACCAAAUCUCCUACAGGCAUAUACGACAAAUAGGGACUGGACUGUUCAGCAAAGUGGUCCUCGCCGAAAAUAUAGACACUAACGAGCCAAUUGCAAUAAAAAUCAUUGAAGUGCCGCAUAGGAAUAAAGAUGAAGUGAAGAAUUUCAAAUCUUUCAUUGAAAGAGAACUUAGGAUACUAUUUCAACUACACCACCCAAAUAUCAUUAACUUAGUAGACUAUAACGUUAAUUUAAAAAUAGACUUGACUUCGAAUAAUGAGAUUGAUGAGGAAGAAAUAGAUAUGAAUGCAACAAGUGAUGCUAAAGGGAGAGAAGUCAAUGAUGAAGAAUUUGCUUCGAUUUCAGAUUUGAAUAAUAAGCAGUUCAUGUUCUUGAAAUACUGCAAAGGUGGGAAUUUGUUCGAAUUUCUGCUGAAGCAUUACGCUGAUAGUCAACUAAAAUUGCAAUUCUGGAAAGUAAUCGAAAAAAUUGUUAUAGAGUUGUUAGCAGCAGUUGGCUAUUUACAUCUGCGGAAUGUGAUCCAUAGAGAUGUUAAACUAGAGAAUAUACUAUUGAACUAUGAUGCAACCGAAUUAUUGGGCGAAGGAGGUUGCAAACUUGAUGACAAGCUCAUUUGUCUUGCAGAUUUCGGGCUCUCGAAGAAGGUUCUUCUGCCUGAUGAACUCUUAGAAACUAGAUGUGGGUCUGAGGAUUACAUAUCGCCCGAGUUAUUAAUGGGCUUGCAUUACAAUGGACAAUUGACCGACUCCUGGUCCAUUGGGGUAGUAGUUUACGCCUUAUUGGAGAACAGGCUACCAUUUGAUUUACCACCCAUCAGCGCGAGCAAUGGAGCCGCUACUAAUGGAACUACUGGAGUCUCCCCAUCGGUUCUUAAGAGACAAAGAAACAGGAACAGAACUCCACACAGAAUUGCCAUGAUUGACUGGGGGUGGUUCAAGGUUGUGGAUUUAUUGAGUGAUCCAAAGCUUGAUUCUGAGAGUAAACAGAUUAUUGGAAGGUUGCAGUCUCUUGUGGAGGUAUUACUAGUUCGAAAGCAAAACAGAAUGAAGGCUCUAGAGAUCCAGGCUAGCGAAGAUUUCGCUUGGGUCAGAGAUGAUAAAUAA